AUGCAACGCUUAUUGUUGGUCAUCGCAACUAUAUUUUCGGUUUUGGCGAAUUGCCAAGGAGAGCAGCAACAUUCCGUGGAGAACCGAUACUUCACUGAUGAUGGGAUAACCGGUGACUACAUCCCCUACGAUAUGAAAGGAUUUGUCACAAAGAGAAAACAAUUCUAUGCAUGGGCUGGGAAACGCAGCGUGCCAGUGAUCGAUAAACGAAAGCAAUUCUACGCUUGGGCCGGCAAGUAG